UGGUCAGUUUAGAAAACUUGGUUCACAUGUUGGUGCACACUUAGAGUGAGAACAUGGGGAGCAUCGUCUGUAUGAAUGUAGGAAGGAAAGGGAUGAGCUGGAGGACUACAAGCUCUUCCUUGAGUGUCAGGGGAGGCAGGAUGAGCAGCAGGAGGAGAGGGACCAGAGCUUUCUCACAAACAGCCCAAAGGGUAAGGCUGAUGGCCCAGCAUAUGCGUCCCAUAAUGUCCCAUAAUCUGUUAUUCCAUAAAUAACCCCAUUGCUUCAGCAGAACAUCAAGCUAGGGAGACUGCCCUGAAUCAGCAGUUUCUUUUCUUUUUUCCUCUCCUGAUUGCAAAAUCAGAGCCGACCUAUUGCUGCAGCCAGUGAUGGUGCAGUGAGAAAUGAAAGGCAGCAGAAAGCAGGCUGGGAGCACUCACAGAGGCUGAGCCAGCAUGUUGGGACACAGCUCUGGCACCAGGGCGUGGCCCAGACCCUCUGCACCUCAUGCCUGGGAAAUCUGCUGCCUGUUUGCAGGGGCUGACAUCCAGACAGAAAUGCACCACAACUUCCCAGGCAGCUAAAUGCCCAGCCGAGCAAUGAGAAUGUGGCAGCUUGCAGAGCUGCAUGAGCCUGCAUCAAAUAGAUAGGAAUGUUUGACCAGCUGGGCAGGCAACUGCAGCUCAUGAUUUCCCCCCCAAAAGUGGAGGAUUGGACUUCAAAACCCAAAACACUGCAGUUCAGGGCUGUCAAAUUAAUGGAAUCUACCCCGUUUUCACACCCAUGCCAACUGGGCCAGUGAGAGUGGCACGGACACAGCAUGACCAUGAAUCACGUGAAGACUUAUCCUUGAGCUCCUUUCUCAGGGAAGGAGGGCACAAAGAUCUCAUUGCACCUUUUGUCUUUAUUCGAGAGCUACGUCUGCCAGCUUAUUUUUAAUACUUUGAAACGAAAUGGAUUCUACUAGAAGUAUUAUUAAAAGCCUCUCUGCUGUAAAUCUGCUCUCUGCAUGCACCUGAAUCACAUCCAUCCCUAUAAACAUCCACUUGGCAGCACAAGCACGGUCAUUCCCAGCUCAUCACCCAGUAGGAGUAGAUGGCUCCAGGCUUGUACAGAGUGGUCAGCUGAACCACCAGAACCAUCAGAAAUGGGCUGGAUUUGAGCCCUUACUCCAGUGAGGAGGUGAUGCCAUGAUGGGAGAUGUUGCACAGGCAUUUUCUGUGGCUCAGUUUGUUGGUGGUAACCUCUAGAGCCUCCCUAACUCACAAGGACCUUCACAAGGAAGCAAAUUAUCCCAAUUCCUACUCAGAGUGUAGCAGAAUGUUUAAAAAUGGAGGAUUCCUCUUCCUCCCUCUUGGGGACAAACCGAGUCACAGCUGCACAAGCACAUUUGAAAGGAGAACACAGCAGCUGAUUCAAAAAUCCCCACGUAUUUGUGGUCUAAGUCUUUCAGAGAUUUGUGCACCAGGUGCAGAACAGAGGGCUGUACUCUGCACCGUCAGGGUGAGGAUCUCCAGCUCAGCCCUACCUGAAGCUCUGCCACGCUUCACUCCAUGGCCAAGCAGAGCAGUGAGGAGCCAGGGAUGGACACAGCAUCAGGGAUGGACACAGCCCCAGCGAUGGACACGGCCCCAGGGGUGGACACAGCCUCAGGGGUGGACACGGCCCCAGGGAUGGACCCAGACCUGCAGCCCAGGACCAGGAGGUGUGACAGUGACUGCCUUGCUCCUCGCAGAGGGCAGGACGUGGUGCUGGCAGCGUGGAUGAGGAGGGCUUUGCCCAGCUCCUACCAACAGCUCCUGCCUGCGGGCCCGGAGCCUCGGAGCCACAAAAAGGCAUCCACAUGCUGCACUCGGACAGCGCUGAGCAUCUACCUGCUGCUGCUGACGGCCGGCCAGGGGCUGCUCAUGUACAAAGUGUUUAAGAUGCAGAGAGAGAUACUGGAACUCCAAGAGCAAAAUGCCUCCUAUACAGAAGAGAUUCUGCAGCGUUCCUCUGCCAGCCAUCUGGCCUUGUCAAGAAGCCCCACUUGGAAGAACUUUCUCAUGGGACAAGAAGAAAACUGGAGGAGAAGCUUAGAAGAGGAAAUCACCAUAAUUAAAAGCAACAAUGCAAACCUGAUGAUGAGGAUGAGCAACAUCACCCUGAUUGCAGGGCCUCCUGGACGCAAAGGAGAUCCUGGAGUACCAGGGUUACGGGGACCACCAGGGACAAAGGGAGACCGAGGCACAGAUGGAGCCCAGGGGGAGAAGGGCAGCAAGGGAGCUCCUGGCCCUGCUGGCCCAAAUGGUGGUCCAGGAGUGAAAGGAGAAAAAGGAGAGAUGGGGAUUGCAGGUCCCCAAGGACAGAAAGGUGACAAGGGCGAGAAGGGAGGCCCCGGAUUCCCGGGACCCAUGGGUCCUAAGGGUGAGCAGGGAUUCCCAGGAAUUCCAGGUGACCAGGGGAGCCCCGGGAAGCCUGGACCGCCUGGGCAGAAGGGAGAGGCAGGUGCAGCUGGACAGCUUGGACCUUCUGGAAGUCCUGGCCCUGAAGGCAGACCUGGUCAGAAAGGGGAAAAGGGGGACCAGGGCCCCAAAGGUAGCCCAGGAGCACAAGGCAUUGCUGGACUGAAAGGUGCACAGGGAGAAAAAGGAAUAGCAGGACCUCCAGGGCAGAAGGGAGCAAAGGGAGACCAGGGCCCAGCAGGCACCCCAGGCCCAGUUGGUCAAAAAGGAUCCAAGGGGGAUUAUGGCCCUAAGGGUCAGAAAGGAGAGCCAGGACUAAAAGGAGCCAAGGGAGAGACUGGAUUUACUGGUUCCCCAGGACUGAAAGGGAGCAAAGGCGAAAAAGGACAAGCUGGCCCUGUUAAUUACAUACGAAUCGCAGGAGGAGGCAGGAGGGGCCGUGUGGAGAUCUUCCACGGAGGCUCCUGGGGAACCAUCUGCGAUGACGGCUGGUCCUUGCGCGAGACCGGCGUCGUCUGCCGCAUGCUGGGGUUCAGCCAGGGUGUCUCCUUCUUCACAGCCUCAGCAGGUACCGGACAAAUUUGGCUUGAUGAUGUGAGUUGCACAGGGAGUGAAAUGUCAAUUAUGGACUGUAGCAAGCGCAACUGGGGUGACAAUAACUGCGGCCACCAUGAGGAUGUUGGGGUGGAAUGUUCUUGAUGGGACAUCGAGUCUGUCCUAGGAGCUGCUGCUGCCUCUGCCCUCCAUGGAGCUCCUCUUCAUGAUGCAAACCCAAUUUCAUCAGGCUGUGCUUCUGUGCCUCUUUACCAGGUCAUAGAAAUAUUGACAAAGAAAGCUGAAUUUUUCACAAAUCAAUAACAGUUGCAAGACCCACAGGUAACCUGAAACAUCCCAGCUGUCACAAAACAAUUGGAGCUCAGGCAUGUGAGCCAGUUCACAGCUUUUCCAGCUACCUGACAUCAGCUCAUCUGCAGGAGCUCACACGUGUGUGACCUCUAAGUCCACAGGGGAGGGGAUGGUCCACGUUAGCUUAGUGCAGUAAGCGAAUAGGAUCAGUGUGCAGAAACCUGCACUUACUGCAGCUGAGCUGGAUAGUCCAUCUUCAUCAUGCUACAGUUGUGAACCUGAGCUUAAAAUCACCAGAGAAGUGCAUGCACCCAAGACAGCAGAUGCUCAGAAAUCCUCAGAUGACCUCUCUGGCAUGCAAAUAUAAGUGUUGUUUGGAAACUAAGCUGGUCACAAUUUAAAGUGCAAAAAUAAGUGCCCGGGGUCUAGAUGCCACACUACCCUGCUUUAGCACAACACUUGUUUUUGACCUUAGCUAAAUCCCUUGCCUUCUCUGUCAGCAUUUCCUAACCUGUCUCCAGUAGCAAUACCCCUUACUUACCUGGUGUAUAAAGCGAAGCUUUUCGUGCCUUUAGAAAUUAGAUGUUCCAGUAAAACAAAAUGAUAAGAAAUAAAAAAAUACAGCAAAGCAUGAAUAAGCUAUUAACUGGUGUUAAAUAUAAAUAAAUAAAUAGAUAA